GGAAGGAGUUUUACAAACAAAAAAACAAGUGAAGAGAUGAUGCUUUUGUGAGCAAAUGGACACCCCUCAUUUUAGUUGUUUUUCCUUUAUUUAAACACCAACAAACAAACUAAACAAUAUCAAAAAAAUCUGUAUAAAUAAAACCCUGAAGUUUGCAAUAAUUGAGAUAAGAAAACACAUUAAGACGCUAUAACUCAAAAGGCAUUAGGCAUUAUGAGAAUGAAUCUGAAAACCAUAGUUACAAAUUUUCUCAUCCUCCUACUUGUACAAAUCUCAAACUUCUCGGUAGUUGUAAACUCCUUACAAGCCUACCACAAGAAAGACUACAAGUCAGAGUUUAAGGUUUUGUAUGCACAAAUGGUAAUAAGGUUUGGAGGAAAACCAAACCAGGAGAUCGCUACGCUGUGUUCCAAUUUAAGUAUGAUGUUUAAGUGGCCACCUUUCUUGUUGGAGUCUACCAUUCUGGUGAUCCUUCUAGUAAUGAAGCAUGUGGGAAAAGCAAAGAAGGAACUUCAGUUCAUACGAGCAGCAGGGCCGCUCACAGGGCUUGUUCUUGGUACAACCAUUGCAAAAGUGUUGCAUGCACCUUCUAUCUCACUGGUGGGAGAUAUACCUCAGGGGAUUCCAAAGUUUUCUUUCCCCAAGAGUUUUGAUCAUGCAAGAUUAUUGCUUCCAACAGCGGCUCUCAUAACUGGUGUGGCCAUCUUGAUGCAUCUAAUAUACAUACUGAAGAGAGAACAUUCACUACUACAUGAUGGGUUCAGUGAGUUUUAAACACUCCUUCAGCCAGAAAUUUACCUCAACAUUUUCUCCGUACCGGUUAGUUUGUGAUUUAGAAGGAUAUUCAUUACAGCCAUAUCAUCAGCCAGCAUCAGAAUUAUCUUUUCAUCUGGUAUUCUAAGUCUCUUCACUAUCCUAGAAACACCAAGUAAAGAGAAACAUAAGAAACAAGGUUCUAAUAGAUUUCGUUAACUGUAAAAAUAAACUGAUAGUAAAGAAGCAUUGUUUACAUACUAAGAGAAGUUGCUAAAACUAAUUUAUCUUACUUACAAAAGCGUUCUCAUUACUUAGAGAAUGAAUCAAUAAAAUUUUCUGUUUAUAUACUUACAAAAAAAAUAAACACAGAGGAAAGUAUAAGCCCCUUAGCCACAUCACAUCUCAGUUUCU